CUUUACUGAGUGUGUCUGACAAGACAGGAUUGGUGUCGUUUGCUGAGAAGCUGCACAACCUGGGACUAAAGUUGAUUGGAUCCGGUGGUACAGCAAAAGCCAUCAGAGAUGCUGGUAUUCCAAUCAGCGAUGUGUCUGAUGUAACUGGUGCACCUGAAAUGUUGGGAGGUAGAGUUAAGACGUUACAUCCAGCUGUACAUGGAGGCAUUUUGGCACGUAAUUCAGAAAGCGACCGUGCUGACAUGGAAAAACAAGAUUUUAAAUACAUCAAGUAA